CAGUACAAUGAAACUGGUCCAAUGAUAAAUAUUCAUCAAGAAGAAGAUAAAAGCUAAGGACUUUACUUUCAUUUCCAAGUUGCUUAGCUCUAACUUCUAUCUUCUUCCUACUCUCAUCAACACCAGCAUCCAUAGCCUAGAGACCCCAACCCCACCAGGUGCAGGUGCUGUUGUAGCAGCUGAACAAGUUGAGAUUUUGAUUGGUUUUGUGCACCCAAAUUCCCAAAACAGUGAUGGUCUUGAGUGAAAGAAGUGUUUUUGGUACCAAGAGGAAAAUGGGUUUGGAUUCUAUUGUUUUGGUGGUGUUGGUCUCAUCGUGUUGUUGGAUUCCUGUAUGCACCUUGGCGGUGAAACAAGUGUCCCCACCACAGCAACAACAGAACCAGAAGCUGAGGUUUGGUCAAAAUGGAGAAUUCAAGAUAUUGCAGGUGGCAGAUAUGCACUAUGCAGAUGGCAAGACUACACUGUGCUUGGAUGUGCUCCCUUCACAGAAUGCUUCUUGUUCUGACCUCAACACUACUGCUUUCCUUCACCGGAUGAUCCUUGCUGAAAAGCCUAAUCUUAUUGUCUUCACUGGAGAUAAUAUCUUUGGGUUUGAUUCCUCGGAUUCUGCUAAAUCAUUGGAUGCUGCAUUUGCUCCUGCAAUUGCAUCAAACAUUCCUUGGGUAGCUGUUUUGGGCAACCAUGACCAGGAAGGAUCCCUCUCUAGGGAAGGGGUGAUGAAACAUAUUGUUGGGAUGAAAAACACUUUAUCUAAACUCAAUCCUCCAGAAGUACACAUCAUUGAUGGUUUUGGGAACUACAACUUGGAGGUUGGAGGAGUUAAAGGAACUGAUUUUGAAAAUAAAUCAGUGCUCAAUCUAUACUUUCUUGAUAGUGGAGAUUAUUCCAAAGUUCCUUUAAUUUUUGGUUAUGAUUGGAUCAAGCCCUCCCAGCAACUUUGGUUCCAACGAACAUCUGCAAAGCUUAGGAAAGCAUACAUAAAUAGACCAUUGCCUCAGAAAGAAGCUGCUCCUGGUCUUGCAUACUUUCACAUCCCGCUACCGGAAUAUGCUAGUUUUGACUCAUCAAACUUCACAGGUGUGAAACAGGAACCGGAUGGCAUUAGCUCUGCUUCUGUGAACUCUGGCUUCUUCACAACCUUGGUUGAAGCAGGAGAUGUGAAGGGAGUUUUCACUGGCCAUGAUCACAUCAAUGAUUUCUGUGGUAAGUUAACAGGUAUACAACUUUGUUAUGGUGGAGGAUUUGGAUACCAUGCUUAUGGAAAAGCUGGAUGGCCUAGGAGAGCAAGAGUGGUGGUAGCUAGCUUGGAGAAAACAGAAAAAGGAAGUUGGGGAGAUGUCAAGUCAAUUAAAACAUGGAAACGUCUUGAUGAUCAACAUCUUACUGGAAUUGAUGGUCAGGUCCUAUGGAGCAAGAGCUUUGGAGGAAACCUUAGCAAAAAACAAAAUGUUGGCACUUGAGAAUUUGAAAGUGAUGAAGACAAGUGUUGGUAUCCACAUGAAGAUUAUUUAUUUUAUUACUUGUGAUGAGUUGCUAUACGAUAAAUUUUAUUCAUGGAAGUUGAAAACUCUGCUAAAGAGUAAAAAAGAAGGAAUGGAAAGUUCAUUAAGUGCAGUGAUUGUAUGCAAUGGCUAUUGCAAUUAUGCAUACUCCAUAUGUAUUGUAGGAUAAUGUCAAUAAUUUGAAGUUUUUAUAUAUGGCCUUGGAACCAAAAAGAGUUUAUUUUAGGAGAUUGCUGAUGAUCUAAGCCACGAAUCGACUGUAUGUUUCAACUUGCUUGGAUAUUUUGCGAAGGUGCUACAUGAUAGU